CUGACUCGGGCCUAAAAGCAUAAUCGAAAAGGCCAAAAGUCCAGACCCAUUUCUCUGAUCUUCUUGAGUUCUUUCACCUCACUCACCCUCGCAUUCACUUUCGGCAACCGCCGCUGCACCCGCCAACCUACCCCCAGCUUCCCACCACUUCUCCUCAUUCGCCAAUCUCCCGCGCGCACCACGCACCACGCACCACAAGCUCCGCACAUCACCACACUUUCCGCGCGCAGCUGCCGCCUGCCCUUAUUUCACUGUCCAACUUGCUUCGGCUUUCCUCAUGAUAAAGGUUUUUGGUAUUCAGCUAUUAGUUGAUUAGUUUCUUUAUUCCGGAUACUGGUAGGUAUGGAUUCCCAAGUGAUGCAUGAGAAAUCGAAGAAAAGAGAUUGUGUCUAUGAGGAGCCUUUGGAACCUUGUGCUCUAGUAAAUGAAAAUGUGAUAUUUCACUCAAAAGAUAGUGGUACACCAACAGCAGCUGGUAAGGAAGGAAAUACCAAAGCAUCCGCUUUAUGCCCGAUUACACCCACUCCUUGUAGAGAAAAUGGGGAUGCUGUUUUUGUGACUAGCACCCCUUUGUCACUGGAAUCUCCCCAAUCACCAAAGGUGGAUGGCUUCAAUUCCACAAGUAAUAAAGAAGUGGUGGAUUUAGGUCUUGAUGGGAGCCCUCGCACACCAGAUGAGGGUGUUUUUGAUCCAUUUGCCCCAGGUCCGGAUAAGAUGCUUCUUGCCCCAGUUUGUAGAAAGCUUUUGAAAGAGUCUCAGAAAAUUGUUGCUCGACGGCUCAAUUUUGAUGAUGAUAGUGACGAUUUCCCAACGUCUAACAAAAAUGAGGAUAACAAAAAUGAAGAUGCCCUGUCUGAGAAGCUGUUGUUGGAUUCAUUUUAUGGAACUCUUCUGGAAGCCAUUAUUUUGAAACAGUCAGAGGAAUUUCUUGCUGAAAACCACCCUCUGGAAUCGGGCAGUCUUCAUACACCACCCUCACCACCUCCUUUGCUGGGUGUUGCUGAUACCUGCCCUGGGGCUCCCGUGAAGGCUGCAGCUGGCAAGUCAAGGAAUAUCGUCCCAGGACUUUGCAGAAAGCUGGAAUUCUAGUUAUUGACAGCCUUUUGGGUAGAAAAGGCCUGAAUAUAUAUAUAUUUAUGCUGACUUAUUUGUUUUUGGUGCUCCACAGAUGUAAGCAUAUCCUCCUACAUUGCUGACUCCAAGGGUUGCAAGUCCUUCAUUGUUGUAUGUGCAUUCUAGAUCCCUGUAUGUUCACCUCUUAGUUAGUUUUAGUGAUUCACCCUUUAGAGAGGUGUUACUUCUGUACAGCUGUUUUAGACGCUAUAUUUGUGCGAAAAUCAGCAAGUGUUUCAAUUUGCUUCA